CAGUCGUAUGAGUGCUUGUGUUUGAGAAGAAAGAAAGGUGUAUGGAUUUUGGAUUUCGUUCCCAUUCCAGCUGAAGACUCCACUGCUCAGCCUGAUGAUGAUGCAAAGGAGGAUCAUGAUGGUACUUUGGUCCAUCCCCAUAGGCACCAGUAGUUUUGUGUGAGGGGAGAAGACGCCUGGAAUCAGACUAGAGGACCACAAGAGGGUCGAGGAGUGGAGAGGAAAGGAUGUCUGCGAGUGCGCCUAAUUCAGCCCCGCCCCCUAAAAAGAGCCGGGGGAAACAGGAGAUGGAGUCUCUACAGGCAGCCAAUGAGGAGCUCAAGGCCAAACUAAGUGACGUACAAAAUGAGCUGCAGCAGGAGAGGGCGAAGGUGUGUAAGCUGCGUGAGCGGCUGCAGGAGCUGCGGGCGCAGCGGGAGGCUGAGCAGCACAGGCAUGCAGUUGCCCAGACUGAGCUGCGGGUGAAACUACGAGAGGAGAAGCAGCGUGAGGUAGCAGCUGUGCGUGACUCUCUGAGCCGGCAGCAUGAGGCCGAGUUAGCCCGUGCUGCCCGCUUGCGCCACUCUGAGCUUGGGCGCCUGCAGGGCCUGGUGAAUGCACUGCGCAAUGGCAAUGGUGCCGCCGAGUUGAGGGAGGAGGCACGCGAGGAGGCACGCAGGAACCACGAGGCUGAGAGACUUAAACUGACCCAGGAGCUGCAAGAGGCCAAGGCAGCACGCAGACAGGCUGAGGAAGCGCUGACCAAUGCUGUGCAGGCUGAUAAAGCCAAAGCAGCUGAUCUCAGAGCAGCACAUCAGGCCCAUCAGGAGGAGAUCCAGAGGAUCAAACGUGAAAGCGAGAAGGACGUUCGCAGACUGAUGGAGGAGCUGCGGGGGAGGGACCGUGUUAUACAGACUUUGGAAAAGGAGCUGGGUGUACAAGCGGGUCAAACUCAGCGCCUACUGCUGCAGAAAGAGGAGGCUGAGCGGCACCAUGGCAGUCCCAAGAGAGAAGUGGCUCCAGCCCUUGGAGAGAACACAGACGCCAUCAUUAACCAGGAAGUAGAUGAAAGAGACACUCGUCGAUUCCAGCUUAAGAUCGCCGAGCUGCAGGCUGUCAUUAGGAAACUGGAGGACAGGAACACGCUGCUGUCAGAUGAGAGGACAGAACUGUUAAAGCGUGUGCGGGAGACAGACGGACAAAUGAAACCACUGUUAGAGAAGAACAGACGGAUGAGUAAAAAGAACGAAGAGCUCCUGCAGACCCUGCAGCGCAUGGAGGACAAACUAAAAUCCGUCAGCCGUGAGAACGCUGAAUUAAAGGAGAAGACAAUCUUGGACUCCCAGCAAGCAGUGCUGAAGAGGACCAGCUCUCUGACAGACCUAAGCCACGCCCACGAGGAGCAGGAGGUGGAGUUUCUGCGGCUACAAGUCAGUGAACAGCGCAACGUCAUUGAGGAGCUCACUCAGGAGCGGGAUAGACUGAUAUUCAACAAAAAGAACAAGAGGAAAAAUAUCAAAUUGCCAAAGAGGCAUGUUGUGGAGACAUAUUUUGGAUUUGACGAGGAGUCCAUAGAUUCAGAAACGUCGUCUCUGACAUCAUACAACACAGACCGCACAGACCAUACCCCGGCCACCCCAGAGGAGGACCUCGAGGAGGCUUUCUGCAGAGAGGAGGCGGAGCUUCGUUUUCGGCAGCUGACGCGAGAAUACCAGGCGCUUCAGCGAGCAUAUGCUCUCCUCCAGGAGACCACAGGCCCUCUUGACCCCGAGAGACACUGCAGGACGCGGGAGCAGCUGCAGGCGGAGCUGAAUGCCUGUCAGGCGAGGAACGCUGACUUGGAGAGGAGCCUGGCAGAGAAGGGGCAGGACUCAAAGUGGGUGGAGGAGAAGCAGAAUCUUGUUAGGAUCAAUCAGGAACUAAGAGAAAAGAUAGAGUUACUGGAGCAGUCCGAGCUGCGUUUGCGUUCCGAAGUGAGAGACACACAAGACCAAAAUGAGCUGCUGGAGUUCCGCAUACUCGAACUGGAAGAGAGGGAGCGGCGAUCUCCUGCCUAUAACUUGCACAUCUCUGCCACGGAAAACAGCAGCGGCCUGCAGCUCCACUGCCAGCGGGAGGGUAUCAAGGAUGUCAUUAUCCCUGAACUCAUGAAAAAGCUGGACAUCCUGGGUGACAAUGGGAACCUGAGGAAUGAGGAGCAGGUCACCGUGAUCCAGGCGAGCACCGUGCUGUCUCGCUGUGAGAAGUGGCUGAAACAGAUAGACAGCACCGAGGCAGCACUUACACAGAAGAUGAUUGAUCUUGAGAAUGAAAAGGAGCUGUUUAGUAAGCAGAAGGGCUUCCUGGAGGAGGAGCUAGACUACAGAAAGCAGGCCUUAGACCAUGCCCAUAUGAGAGUGCAGGAGCUGGAAGCCACACUGUAUGCUGUGCUGCAGCAGGAUCCAAAUGGUCGAUUGGCUGAGAGUUUGAGCGAAAGGCAGAGGGCAGAGCUAGCGGAGUCUAUGGAGGCGGUGCGGAGGCAGAUCCUUAGACAGAGCCGGCAUGCUGACACGCUGAUCUUACAGCAGCGCAUGGAGCUUCUCCAGUCUGCACAACAGAGGAUCAGAGAGCUGGAGGACAAGAUUGAUAUGCAGAGACGACAAAUCAAAGAGAUUGAAGAGAAGUUUUUAUUUCUGUUCCUGUUUUUCUCUCUAGCUUUUAUUCUCUGGCCUUAAAGACACACACACACACACACACGGAAGUAAUGG